CAACAUGCGAGCCUCCUUACUCUUCCUUAGCGUUACGGCUGUUCUGGCCAGCCCGACACCCCCCAACUAUGUCGUUCAUGAACGGCGAGACGUAUUGCCUAAUGACUGGAUAGAGGAAAGACGGCUCGAUGAGGGGACCCUGCUGCCCAUGCGGAUCGGACUGACCCAGUCCAACUUGGAUCGUGGCCACGACCUGCUGAUGGAGGUGUCUCAUCCGCACUCUUCCCGCUACGGACAGCACCUCUCGACGGAGGAAGUGCAUGAUCUGUUUGCCCCGUCCAGAGAUACCGUCGAGACUGUUCGAUCCUGGCUCGAGUCGGCCGGAAUACCUCCCAGUCGUAUCUCGCAGUCCUACAACAAGCAAUGGCUGCAGUUCGACGCCAAUGCAGUUGAGGUCGAGCAACUCCUGCAGACGGAAUACUACAUCUAUGAGCACACCGACACAGGACGCUCUCAUGUGACCUGCCAUGAAUACUACGUCCCCGAGUCCAUUCAGGAACACAUCGACUACAUCACGCCGGGUGUGAAGAUGCUAGAACUGCGCGGCACGCGCUCCAAGAAGAGAAGUGCCAAGAAACGGUCCUUUGGCGGCUUGCCUCCAAUCCUGGGGGCACUGCCAAUUGCUAUAUCCAAGCUUUUUGAAAACCCACUGGCUUACUGUGAUUUGGCUGUGACUCCGGAGUGCAUCCGAGCCAUGUACAACAUCACCAAGGGAACCACCGCUACCGAGGGCAACGAAUUGGGCAUUUUUGAGGAUCUAGGAGAUGUAUACAGCCAGGAAGACCUCGACCUCUUCUUCUCAGCUCUCGCCAGCGACAUCCCUCAAGGCACUCACCCCAUCCUCGAGGCCAUCGAUGGCGCUGUAGCCCCGACGGAUGUCAACACCGCUGGAGCCGAGUCGGAUCUCGACUUCGAGAUCUCAUACCCGAUCAUCUGGCCGCAGAACAGCGUCCUAUUCCAAACUGACGACCCCGUCUACGAAAAUGACUACAGCUACUUGGGCUUCCUCAACAACUUCCUCUAUGCCAUCGACGGCUCCUACUGCAACGAUACCUCCUCCCUGGAUCCUCCCUACCCGGAUCCAGCUCCAGGCGGCUACAAAGGCCAAAAGCAAUGCGGCGUCUACAAACCCACUAACGUGAUCUCGAUCUCCUAUGGCGCCUCUGAAGCUGACCUCCCAGUCGCCUACCAACGCCGCCAAUGCCAGGAAUUCCUGAAACUCGGCCUGCAGGGUGUUUCCGUGAUUAUCGCUUCCGGUGACUCGGGCGUCUCCGCAAGUGACGAUACCUGCCUUGGCAACGAUGGGGACGUCUUCGUCCCGGAAUUCCCAGCGACUUGCCCCUACCUCACAGCAGUAGGAGGCACCUAUCUACCCCUAGGGGCCUCUGCCAGCGGAGACCAAGAAAUUGCCGUCACGCGGUUCCCCUCUGGUGGUGGCUUCAGCAACAUAUACGCCCGCCCCUCGUACCAAAACCAAUCGGUUGAAACGUACUUCUCGAGAGCAGACCUUGAUUACCCCUACUACGAAAGCGUCAACAACAACAGCUUCAAUGCCAACGGCGGAAUCUACAACCGCAUCGGUCGCGGAUACCCUGAUAUCUCCGCCAUCGCAGACAACGUGGUCGUCUACAACAAGGGCGAGUCGACUUUAAUUGGAGGGACGAGUGCGGCUGCGCCUGCAUUUGGGGCCAUGUUGACACGCAUUAACGAGGAGAGAUUGGCUGCGAAUAAGUCAACGGUGGGAUACGUCAAUCCAGUUCUGUAUGAGCAUCCCGAGGCGUUCCAUGACAUUACCGUUGGUUCAAACCCAGGAUGCGGCACCGAUGGGUUCCCGGUUGAGAAGGGAUGGGAUCCAGUGACGGGGUUAGGAACACCGAGGUAUUGGGAUUUGUUGCAGGUGUUUAUGGCGUUGGACUAGAUAAGCAUAGCUAGCUAUUGAUGUCGAC